AUGGAUGGCAAAGAAAUCUUAUCGCAAGAGGGAACAACUCAGGGAGAUCCAAUAGCAAUGCCAGCGUAUACAGUUGGAAUCGCAUCAUUACUACUGCAGAUGAUACAAGUUCGAGAAGAUGAUGUUAGCACUGCGAGUGAUGAGAAAGUGAAGCACGCAGCAUAUGCUGAUGAUCUCGGUGGUGCAAGAGUCCUUGGGUGUUUGCGAACGUGGUGGAAUCAAGUUGUUCACUUUGGUCCUCUCUUGGGAUACUAUCCAAAAGCCUUGAAGUCUUGGUUAGUUGUGAAAGAGGACAGAGUUGAUGCUGUGAGAGAGAUAUUCGUGGAUACUGAUAUUAACAUCACAUCUGAAGGACAUGCAUAUCUUCGUGGUUUUGUUGGAAGAAAGGAAUCGAGAGAAAACUAUGUGAAGGAACUUGUCAAGAAGUGGUGUGAGCAGGUGAUGAACUUGUCAAAGAUCGCGCAGUCGGAACCACAGGCAGCGUAUGCAGCAUUUGUUUCUGGUUUUCAACAUAAACUGACCUACUACAUGCACACGCUUCCUAACCUUGGUCCAUUACUGCAGCCAUUCGAUGAAAUCCUAAACCAUUAUUUCAUCCCUGCCAUAACUGAAGGCCAUCACUGCUCCCAAGAUAAAUGCAAACUCCUUAGUCUUCCUGCUCGUUUUGGUGGUCUUGCUAUUCCCAUCUUAUCCCAGAUCGCCUAUAGAGAAUAUGAAUAUUCCAAGAAAGCUAGUCAACAACUGACCGAGAACAUCAAAUCUCAGACUGCGGAGUACUCCUUUGACAACACAGCUCAUCACUCAACAAAGAAUGACAUCAAAAGAUCGAGAAAUCUGGAGCAUGAACAGAUACUCGCAGGGUUGCAAGAAAGGAUGAACGGGGACCAGAAACGUGCAAAUGAGAUUGCCCAAAAGAAAAGAGCAUCAAACUGGUUAACUUCACUUCCAAUAAGUGAAGAAAACUAAGUCCUCAACAAACGAGAAUUCUACAAUGCUAUUCGUAUGAGAUACAGGUGGCCGCUCAAGUUUAUUCCAACUACUUGUGCUUGCGGGAAACGGUCCUCGUAGAUCAUGCAUUGUCCUGUCACAAAGGCGGCUUUGUACAUCAACGCCAUGACGACAUACACGAUCUUUUUGGGCAUAUGGCUUCCGAGAUUACUAACGACGUGGAGAUUGAAUCAAACCUUCUCCCUCUCACUGGUGAGCAACUCCAUGCAACAGCAAACGGGAAAGACAAAUCAAGACUGGAUAUCAGUAUUGGUGGCUUCUGGCAACGUGGUCAACGAGCAUUCUUUGAUGUAUGGGUGUUUAAUCCUUUCGCUCCUAGCUACAGAAACCAGAAGUUAUCAACUGCUUUUUCCGCCAACAAACGUGAGAAGAAACGCGCCUACGCUGAAAGAAUGUGA